UAUUUUGUCCAUUUGAAAAAAAUGGAAUAAAAAAAGAGAUCCUUGGCGGGUCUUCUUCGCACUCACUCUCACUCACUAUCAGCAAGCACGAAGUGAGGGCAGAGAUGUGGCGGCGAAGGAACUUCAACAGCAGCGCCAUCUCCACGAUCGUUCUGAAGGAGAAGACUUGGGAUGCCCUAGUGAUCGGCGGCGGCCACAACGGCCUCACCGCCGCCGCCUAUCUCGCCCGCUCCGGCCUCUCCGUCGCAGUCCUCGAGCGCCGCCACCUCAUCGGCGGCGCUGCCGUCACCGAAGAACUCAUCCCUGGUUUCAAGUUCUCCCGAUGUAGCUACCUCCAAAGCCUCCUCCGCCCCUCCAUCAUCAGGGAAUUGGAGUUGGGGAGACAUGGAUUGAAGUUACUUAAGAGGAGUCCUUCGUCGUUUACGCCUUGUCUUGACGGGCGGUACCUUCUCUUGGGCCCUGAUAAGGACCUUAAUUAUUCAGAGAUUUCAAAGUUCUCUAAACGGGACGCCGAGGCUUAUCCAAGAUAUGAGAAUCAGCUGGAGAAGUUUUGUGAGUUCAUGGAUCCACUCCUGGAUUCGCCUACUCCUGAAACGUUGCAAGGUGUUUCAUCUUUUAGUACCCAGAUGAAGAAUAAGCUACAUAAAUCGGCUUUUUGGGCUCGGUUUCUGCGGCAAGCUGUCUCCUUGGGGCAAAAAGAACUAGUGGAUUUCAUUGACCUCUUACUAUCUCCGGUGUCGAAGGUCUUGAAUAACUGGUUUGAGAGCAAUGUUCUAAAGGCAACCCUUGCAACAGAUGCAGUGAUAGGAACUACGGGAAGUGUCACUACCCCUGGGAGUGGAUAUGUUCUACUGCAUCAUGUGAUGGGAGAAACAGAUGGUGAUCGUGGUAUUUGGUCGCAUGUUGAAGGCGGGAUGGGCUCAGUGUCAUUGGCUAUCAGUAAAGCUGCUAGGGAAGCUGGGGCUCAUAUUGUGACCGAUGCAGAGGUUUCAAGAUUGAUGAUUGAGGACUCUGGAGCUGUAAAUGGGGUUAUAUUGGCUGAUGGGACAAAGGUGCAUUCUUCAGUUGUUUUGUCAAAUGCAACCCCUUACAAAACUUUUAUGGAAUUGUUACCUGAAAAUGUUCUUCCAGAUGAUUUUAUCUGUGCCAUUAAGCAUUUGGAUUAUAGCUCCGGGACUACUAAAAUAAACUUAGCUGUUAAAAGCUUGCCCCAGUUUUGGUGCUGCAACUUGUGUCACCCUGAUGCUGGCCCUCAGCAUGUGGGUACCAUUCACAUUGGUUCUGAGAGUAUGGAGGAAAUUGACUCAGCCUGUCAAGAUGCUGUAAAUGGCUUACCUUCACGAAGACCUAUUAUCGAGAUGACAAUUCCUUCUGCUCUGGACAAGACUAUCUCACCACCUGGUAAGCACGUGAUCAACUUAUUCAUUCAAUACACACCCUAUAAACCCUCUGAUGGCAGCUGGGAAGACCCUGCAUAUAGAGAGUCCUUUGCACAAAGAUGUUUUACCUUGAUUGAUGAGUAUGCCCCAGGCUUCAGCUCAUCAAUUAUUGGCUAUGACAUGUUGACUCCACCAGACCUUGAAAGGGAAAUUGGUCUGACAGGAGGGAAUAUAUUUCAUGGUGCCAUGGGAUUAGAUUCUCUUUUUUUAAUGCGACCUGUAAAAGGAUGGUCAAAUUACAGGACCCCAGUGCGAGGACUUUAUUUGUGCGGGAGUGGGGCUCACCCUGGGGGUGGUGUGAUGGGUGCUCCGGGGCGUAAUGCUGCACGCGAGGUUCUUCAAGACGCUAAAGAAACCACUGAAACGAAAACAGUGCAUCACAACACCAUGUAGUUAUUUUGUUCCAUCGGAUUAUUCUGUGGCUUUUUUUUCUUUUGGUAGAACGGACUAUUCUGCGUUUAAUGCCUCGCUUUUUGUUUCUUUGGACAAUGCCGUAAAUGACAUGAAGAUCAAAGCAUCCUGUAGACAAUAAUUCCAUAAUGACAUGAGAUCAGUAGUGUCUGAUGAUUUUCCUUGGCAAAUGAGUACGUGUGGAAAAUGAUUUCUUUGAA